AUGCCAAACUCAGGUAACGACCGUUAUGGUAUAGUAGUGGAUGCCGGCUCAUCGGGUUCAAGAGCUAAUAUCUUUAAAUGGGAAGAUCCGGAAUCUUUGAUCCACAGAAAAGAAGAUCCAAAUCAUGGACAUAUCUUACACUCUGUACCCAAGAUUUAUCAAGAAGAUGGUUGGACAAAGAAGGUUACGCCGGGUCUUUCUUCAUAUGGGAACAAACCACAUGAAGCAUUUUCCAAGCAUAUUAAACCAUUGCUUGAAUUUGCGCAAAAUAUUAUUCCUGCAGAAAAGAUCAAAGAUACCCCAAUAUUUAUCCAAGCAACUGCUGGUAUGAGAAUGUUACCACCAAAGAAAAAAGACAAGAUUUUAAAAAAAUUGUGCAAAAGUAUCAAACGUUCUACUGGUUUUCUUUUAGAAGAUUGUUCAUCCCAAAUACAAGUAAUUGAUGGUGAGACUGAAGGUUUAUACGGUUGGUUAGGUUUAAAUUACCUGUUUGGCCAUUUUAACGAUUAUGACACUUCAACCUCUUCACAUUUUACAUUCGGAUUUAUGGAUAUGGGUGGUGCUUCUACACAAAUUGCAUUUGCUCCAUCUGUGUCAGGUGAAGUAGAAAAACAUAGAGAUGAUAUUACUACCGUAUACUUGAAAAGUAUUAAUGGUGAAGUACAAAAAUGGGAUGUAUUUGUUAGCACUUGGCUUGGAUUUGGUGCUAAUGAAGCAAGGAAAAGGUAUUUGGCCCAACUGAUUAACAGUUUACCAGAAAAUACUAAUGAUCGUGAUGAUGACGACUUUAGUACUCUACAACUGAGCGAUCCCUGCAUGCCUAAAAACUGCAGGACGUCAUUUGACUUUAAGAACAAAAAUUUCAAAGUUUUAGGUACAGGUAAUUAUGAACAAUGUCUGAAAUCCAUUUACCCGUUGUUGUUAAAGCAUUUGCCAUGCAUUGAUGAACCUUGUCUUUUUAACGGUGUGCAUGCUCCACAGAUAGAUUUCUAUAACGACAAAUUUGUUGGUACUUCAGAAUAUUGGUACACAGCAAAUGAUGUAUUCAAACUGGGCGGUGCUUACAAUUUUGAAAAAUUUAGCGCUCAGGUCAAGGAAUUUUGUGGUAAUGAUUGGGAUAAUAUUCAAGCGAACCACCAAAAAGGGUUAUACCAUGAUAUUCCCGCGAAAUUCCUGGCGGAUUCAUGCUUUAAAGCUAAUUGGGUACUAAACGUCCUGCAUGAAGGAUUCGGCCUACCUCGAGCAGGUGUUGAUAAAAUCGAUGAUAUCGGUCAACAUCCACUUUUCCAAAGUGCUGAAAAGAUUAACGAAAGGGAGUUAUCAUGGACUUUGGGUAGAAUAUUACUCUAUGCCUCUGGAGGUGUAAUGGCAGGUGCAAAUGAUGUAACUGUUGGAGUCAUGCCCAGUUCCAAUUCAGCUGCAACUUCAGGAAAGAAAUUUUUAGCUGGUGCUAUUGGUGCCCCACAAUACGGUGGGCAUCCUAUCAUAAGCACUUUUAAAUUUGUCAUGCUUCUCCUCAUAGCUGUUAUCUUUUGGUUUUUCUGCAUUAAAAGGGGUUCAGCUUUGGAAUUAAAGAACUGGAUUAAUAGCCUUUACAUUAAGAUCAAAUAUUCCCAACUACGGUCAGACAUUCAGACAAGAUUGGAAGAAGGUACUUUGCAUCGCAAUGAAAACACCAGCAACAACGAUGCAAAUUACCCGCUAGACGACAGGGAAGGAUUUAAAUUCAGAAGUAAAAGUAUGUUCAACAUAUGUGAGGAUGUGCGUCAAAGUGGUCCUCGACAGCCAAUUCACCAAACGCUUAGCUUCACAGGACCGCCCAACUUCCAUAGUUCGUCAGCAGCAUCUUCGCCGCAGGUAUCAAAAGGAUUGAGACCUGCUUUCUCACUAGCGGAUUUUUCAAAAUUCAAGGACAAAGACAGUAAACUGAAUGAUUAA